GGCCGCUCCUUUCGGGGCCGGGCCGUCAUGGGGCCUUAUUGGCUGCUGGCUGGACCAGCCCGGGUCCACUAGCCCUGGGCUUGGGGAGGCUGCGGCUCCCAGUUCACACUUGGGCACCUGCAGCAGGCAGGGCAGGGGAGCCGAGGUCCUCGACCAGCUGGGGGUCUGCUCCGUCCAGAUCAGCUCGCACCCCGUCCCGGCCCACCAGGACCUCCCCGCAGCCCUCGCAAGAGCAGCGGCCCACUUUGCCAAGAUGUCCAAGGUAGCCAAGUAUCGCCGGCAGGUGAGCGAGGACCCCGACAUCGACAGCCUGCUGUCCACCCUGUCUCCUGAGGAGAUGGCGGAGCUGGAGAAGGAGCUGGACGUGGUGGACCCAGAUGGGAGCGUCCCCGUGGGGCUGCGCCAGAGGAACCAGACGGAGAAGCCGUCCACGGGCGUGUACAACCGGGAGGCCAUGCUCAACUUCUGUGAAAAGGAGACCAAGAAACUUAUCCAGAGGGAGAUGUCCAUGGAUGAGGGCAAGCAAGUGGAGACCAAGACAGAUGCCAAGAAGGGAGAGGAAAGGGGCAGAGAUGCCAGCAAAAAGCCCCUGGGCCCCAGACGGGACUCAGACCUGGGGAGGGAGCCAAAGAGGGGCGGUUUGAAGAAAAGCUCCUCAAGAGACAAGGACGAAGCUGAAUGCAAAGGCGCAGAGAGGCCCAAGGAGGAGAAGCUCGUCAGGGGCCUUGAGAAGGGCCGGGUCAGGGCCGCGGUGGACAAGAAGGAGGCCGGGAAGGAGGGGCGGGCGCACGAGGGGACGGCAGCCCCCAGGAAGGACGAGGAGAAGGAGGGGGGUGUGAGCGGAGACAAGGGGAAGAAGGGAGAGGAGAAGGGAGCAAGCCAGAGAGAGGAGACCGAGAAGGUGAGGGGGCAGAGGAAGGGCACGGACGCCCGGACGGAGGGCCAGGAGGUGGAGAGAGGGAGCAGGGACAGGGGUGCCAGGCCGGAGGACGAGAAGGCCAGAAAGGAGGAGCCCCGCUGUGCAAAGGCCCCCCGCGAAGAGAGCAAGAGCCCGGCAGCGGCGGCGGCGCCAGAGAGAUCAGCCCCUGGAGCCCCCGCCCAGCCCGCCGACGGGCCCGCCCAGGCUGAGGAGGAGGCGGCCCCCAGCGUCUUUGACGAGCCCCUGGAGAGGGUGAAGAGCAACGACCCGGAGGUGACCGAGCUCAACGUGAACAAUUCGGACUGCAUCACCACCGAGAUCCUGGUGCGCUUUGCCGAGGCGCUGGAGUUCAACACGGCCGUCAAGGUCUUCGCCUUGGCCAACACGCGGGCGGACGACCACGUGGCGUUUGCCAUCGCCAUCAUGCUCAAGGCCAACAAGACCAUCACCAGCCUGAACCUGGACUCCAACCACAUCACCAGCAAGGGCAUCCUGGCCAUCUUCCGGGCCCUCCUGCAGAACAGCUCGCUGACCGAGCUCCGCUUCCACAAUCAGCGCCACAUCUGCGGCGGCAAGACCGAGAUGGAGAUGGCCAAGCUGCUCAAGGAGAACACCACGCUGCUCAAGCUGGGCUACCACUUCGAGCUGGCCGGGCCCCGCAUGACCGUCACCAACCUGCUCAGCCGCAACAUGGACCGGCAGCGGCAGAAGCGGCUGCAGGGGCGGCGCGCGCGGGAGGCCCGCGCGGGGGAGGCGCUGCUGGAGGAGCCCCGGGCCGGGAGGCCCUCCCCGCGGCCGCCGCCCAGGGCCGCCCGCAAGAGCUCCCCGGGGCAGGGGGGCGCCCCGCCCGCGCCGCCCCCCCCGCCGCCCCUCACGGAGAACCCGAAGAGCUCGCUCUCGCCGGCCACCCAGCGGAAGCUGGGCGACAAGGGCCUCCCCGCCCAGGAGAACUCCCGGGACCAGCUGCUGGCCGCCAUCCGCUCCAGCAACCUCAAGCAGCUCAAGAAGGUGGAGGUGCCCAAGCUGCUGCAAUAGGACCGGGCUGCAGGCGCCACCCGCGACGCCGCGGCUGCCCAGGCCCCGCUUCCCAGGGCCGCACAGACCCCGCCCACCACGCCGGCUGACCUGCUCUGGACGUCCCUGCCCUGCCGUGGGAGAGCUGGAGGCCUGGGCCAGCUCCGGGAAGGAUGCCUUCUCUCCUUGCUUUCCUUUUCUUGUCUCUGAGGCUCUCCACAAAUGUCUCGUACCUGGAGCUGAGGUUUCUGGACAAGAAGAGUCCUUUCAGCACGUGACCGAGAAGACGGCACGCCUGGGGCCCGUGCGGCUGGCAGGCUGCCGAAGUCCUAGGAUCCAGGAACGAUGUCUCCCAGGGACCACGUGACCCACCCGGGACCACGUGACCCGCCCGGCCGCACUUCCCCGCCAGGGCCAGGAUUCAGGCCUCUGAGGAGCCCUUGGGGCAAAAGGCCGCUGGGCUGCUGGCUCUCUGUGUGGGGCAAGCCUGGAAGACUGGAGGGCCAAGGGCCCAGGGAAGAGGGAGGAGGGGCUGAGGACACCCCCAAGCCCCUCCCAGCUAAUCAGAGGACAUGGCAGGGGCAGCGAGCCUGGGGUGGGGGUGGGGGGCUCCAGACAUGAGGAGAGGACAGACAGCAGCUGGACCUGAAGGUUCGAUGCCAAAGCAGACAUUUCCUCACACCCACCUGCUGCUGUAUAAAUAGCUGUGUAUCUGUUUUUCCAUAAGAUUUUGAUAAUAUAUACGAGCCUUUAGCUGUG